AUGACGACGGGUAUGUCAGUGCAUCGAUAUAUUGGAGUCUGUCUGCCCUUCAAGGCCUCAUCCCUCCUGAAAACUGCUCGAGUUCGGAUAUUCAUUUUAGCACUACUUGCGUUCUCUCUUCUUUUCAAUAUUACUCGGUUUUUUGAGGUGCGUGUGGUGAACAAUUGCUUUCGGUCUAAUAUAAAUGCCUUCAUUCCGGUCCUUGCGCCAUCAAAUCUUCGGCUCAAUCACACCUAUCGCCUUAUAUUUUUUGGCUGGGCCUAUACUAUAUUAAUGUUUGUCAUGCCAUUUUCGUUGCUUAUCGUUUUAAAUUCUCAGGUUCGUUUUUCCUCUUCACAUCCCUUCAUUUUUUGCAUUGCUUAUCUUAAACAUCUGUGUGUUUGUGUAAAUCGAGUCGGGAACUAUGAAAACUAAGA